AUGGAAAGUGCCACUCAAAUGACUCAAUCUGCACUUCCACCCUCAACUGAGGAGGGGCUUGGAGGAGUAACCCAAGGCACAGAGACAAAUGCUCCUCAACAGCCUGAGGUUAAUCCUGCUGUUCCUGCAAAGAAGAGGAAGAAUGUUGAGUCUAGAUCUAAGGGGGGUUCUGAAGGGGUUGUUGGGGAGUUAGGGACUUGGAUUUUCAAUCAGGAAGCCAUUAGGGGGGCAUUAUGUGAGAUGAUAAUUAUUGAUGAGCUUCCAUUUAGGUUUGUGGAGGGGCAAGGGUUUAAAAGGUUUAUUUUGGUUGCUUGCCCUAGAUUUUGUAUACCUUCUAGGUGGACAAUUUCAAGGGACAUUUACCAAAUUUACCUUGAUGAAAGAUUAAACCUUAAGAAGCUGUUUAGACUUAACACUCAAAGGGUUAGUUUGACUACUGAUACCUGGACCUCUAUGCAGAGGAUCAAUUAUAUGUGCAUUACAGCCCAUUUCAUAGAUGAUCAGUGGAAGUUGAAUAAGAAAAUCAUAUCCUUUGUCCAUAUUUCUUCUCACAAGGGUGAGUAUAUAGCUAAGGCAUUAGAGAGUUGUUUGAUUGACUGGGGGAUUAUGGAUGUUUUUUCUGUCACUGUAGAUAAUGUUUCUUCCAAUGAUACUGCUAUGGGUUUUUUUAAGUCCAAAUUGUUGUCAUGGGGUGCAACCACUGUUAGGAGUAAGUACAUCCACAUGAGAUGCAUAACCCACAUUUUAAACUUGGUGGUCCAGGAUGGGUUAAAAUUUGUAGAUAAUUCUGUUAAGAAGGUGAGGGAUUCUGUUAGAUGGAUGAGGAACUCACCUGCAAGACUAAAAAAAUUCAGAGAUCUUGCAGAACUGUUUGGGGUGGAAGCCAAAAGUUCUUUACAACUAGAUGUUCCAACAAAAUGGAACAACACCUACAUGAUGCUUAGCACUUCCAUACAAUACAAGGCUGUGUUUGAUGCAUAUUCAUUGAAUGAGCCCUCAUUUGCUGCUGAUCUGGUUCUGUUGAAAGGGUUUUAUGAGAUGACAGUUAGAAUCUCUGGUUCUCUAUAUGUCACCUCUAACAGUUUCUUCAGUGAGAUAUCUGAUUUGAGUUGCAUGUUGAAUAGCAUGAUUGUUGCUGGUAGUGCUACAAAAGUUAUGGGAUCCCAAAUGAAAACUAAAUUUGAAAAGUAUUGGGGAGAUCCUGAAAAAAUGAAUUCCUUGAUCUUCUUUGCCAAUAUCUUGGACCCAAGAGAUAAGUUGGAAUAUAUGUCAUACCAGUUUGAGGAACUGUAUGGUAAAGAUAAUGGGAAGAAGUGUUUAGAGAAUGUCCAAGCUGCCAUGGUAGAAUUGUUUGGUGACUAUGCAGCAACCUACUCUGUCAAUGUGCAACAAUCAUCUUCUAGUAGCCAACCAGAUGUGCCUCAUGUUCAAUCUCAUACCACAAUUGGUAGACCUCAAAAUAUGUUAAAGAACAAACUAAAAAGGCAAAAAAUGGAGGCUAGUGGAAGCUAUAAAGAAACAGAGCUUCAAGUCUAUUUAAGUGAAAAAAUUGUUGAGGACACUCCUGACUUUGAUAUCCUUAGGUGGUGGAAGCUAAAUAGUGAGAGAAAGUACAUUUAG